CGGUUCCAACAACGUUGGUAGAGGUUGUUUGCGGUCUGAUGGUGUGUUUGCACCAGACCGACGAUGGCUGGCGUAUAGUGCGCUGAUAAUAAUGUGGUUCUACUGGACAGUACGUCGAUGCACAUCGCUGGUGGGCGAUUGGUCUUGUGGCGACGCGGUAUCGUGUUCGUCGAAUGUCGAGUGGAUCGUCUCUACUGCCGGCGCAGCGCAAGCGAUGGUGUCUGUGACCACGGCUGCUGCCCACCGUCAGUCGAGCACAGCACACCUGUUAAACAAUGCCUACAACGUGAUGAGCCGUGGCAUGAACAAACGCAUGACAGGUGGGGGAAUACUACGGCAGCAGCACGCAUUUACCAUGGCUGGCGUGUACGCCACAGUGGCCGGAUCAGUCGUGUUGGCGAGAUCUGUAGCCGUAAUGAUAGCCCGACCCGACAGAUUUGCGAUCGUCGACGUACUGUUGCUGUGCCUACCGGCGGUCAUAGUGACGGUAGUUGUUGAAUGCGUGAUCGUGUACAUGUGCGUGACCGCAGAGGACACGUGCCACGACGUCGUCCACCGAUUGCAUAAGAUAGCACUCGAUGCGGCACGGCCACCGGUGGCCGAUCGUCGAGGUGGCCACCGGCCGCUACACUGGCAGCUGGAAGCUGCGUGGCGUGAUCACUGGCGUGGUUGUCAGCUGGUGGAUGGCCUGUCCGCGUGUUAUGGGCUAGACCUGGCAGUGAACUUGACCGCCAGUAUGCUGUACUUUGUCGUGUACGCGUACGUCACGCUCAUUUCGGUUUACGCGUCAUUUAACUCAUUAGAUCACGGCAACACUAUAGAGCACAACAACUCCACAAGCGUCAUCUACUGGAAUAUAGCUCUGGCGUGUCAACUAUUAUGCGUUUCGUUCCGAAUCGUAUUUAUAUCGUACCGGGCCGAGAGGAUCAAGCAAGUGGCGGUCAAUGCAGUUCUAAUAUCAUUAAGAAAUGUACUGAAAAACAACAAUUUAGAUUUUUCCACUAUCAUGCUGAUCAAUUCAUUCACAUACCAAAUCACGAACAGAGAAGUUAAAGUUUCGGCGAGUGGUUUUUUUUCAGUAAAUUUAUCAUUUUUUCACGCACUCAUACGUUUGGCUACUACAUACCUAAUUGUUAUAAUCCAAUAUAACUCCGAACCACCAAACCCAAAGAAAUAAACAUGCAAAUAAUAAGUCAUCCUCAGUCCUCACAAUACUAUUGAUUAAUGCAGUAUGGUUAUAUGAUUAUAAACAUAAACCUUAUACUAAUAGAACGGCCUAACCUAUAUUACUAACAUUAGGGGGAGUUUGUAAUUUGCACCAAAAUAAAGAUACGAUAUUUUCACCACUGAAUGUAGUCGAAAGUAGUGUUUGUAAUUUGCACCAAAGUAAGGUCUUGUAAUUUGCACCACCCUCAGGGAGUUAAAAAAAGAAAUUGUAACUUGCUCCAACAUGAGUAAUUUUUUGUUCGAUUAUCGAAUAUUCGAUUAUUCCUCGGUAUUCUCGUUUACGUCGAGACUAGGUGGACUCGAAUGACUAAAAUAUUUUUUUGGAAUUUUUCACCUUAUCUGGUAAUAUUUUGAACGUAUAGGUUUUUGUUGUAACAAAUGUAAUAAGUUAUUACUUAUUAAUUAUUAUUGUUAAUUACCA